AUGGCCUGGUACUUUUUCACCACUCUGGUCGACGCCACAUACACCGCCUUCAUCGUGCCCUUGGGAGUGGCAUUCCAUUUCAAGGCCACCCACUUCUCAUGGUACAACGGCGUUGACAUCGCUGCAGGCAAGCACUGUAGAACUGUCUACUGGCUGGAUAUCCUCAUGGGCUUCUCAACAGGCUUUGUGGUGAUCCACAAUCUGCGCAGAAAGGUCAUCAGAGACCCGCGGCUGAUAGCGGAGUAUUAUGUCCGCUACUCCACAUUUUUCGUGGACUUGCUGGCCGCGCUGCCGCUCAUUGCUGAGAUAGCAGUGCUUGGGAUACCAGACCAGUCAGGCGGCAUGCCUCUGCAUAUCAUCCUCCUGCUGAGGCUCUUCCGCAUGUGGCAUGUCAUCAAGUUCCUGGAGCGUCUCGUGUUCAUCUCUCUCAUCGGCACCUUCAACCGCACGCUCAUGAGACACCUGUCCAUUGGCCACAUCUUCUUCAUCAAUGUCACCUUUGCAGCGUGUGUGCUGCUGAACUUCCUGGCAUGCGUGUGGUACUAUGUGGCCACCUUGGAGGGAGUGGCAAACAGCUGGCUGACUAAAGUUGGCCAGAUUGACCUCUCAAAUGCCCCAGGAGCAAGGCAGUGGGUGGCUUCCCUGUACUUUGUCACCAUGACCAUCACAACGGUGGGGUACGGCGACAUCGGCCCAACCAAUGCCUUUGAGCAGAUCAUGGCCGUCAUCCUGAUGCUGUUCGGCAUCAUCAUCUUUGGCUUUGUCAUCUCCAGCUCACAGCAGCUGAUAAAGUUUUUGAGCACGGAGGCGCGGCGCGCGGGGAAGCUGCGGAAGAAGCUGGCGCGAGUGGAGAUGUGGACGCGGCAGCGACGCAUCAGUCAGACUAUUACCCGCCGCAUCCGCGCCUACUACGCCGAAGUCUGGCUGCCCUUCACCGAGGUGAAUGACGAGGACUUUUGGAGCGAGCUGCCGGCGGCGCUGCGAACGGAUAUGGCGCUGGAGCUGGCGCGGCCGCUCUUCGCGCACUCCGACAUCUUUCGCGCGCUCGACGAGUCUGCCGAGCGCCAGGUGGCCGCGCGCCUGCAGCCCUGCCUCGUGCCAGCCGGCCACAACGUUGCGCAGGAGGGCGACGACGCCGACGCGCUCUAUCUACUUCAAGAAGGGGAGCUGCUAAUAAUGCGGCACACGGAGGAGAUGCGGCUGGUGACGGCGCCGGCGAUUGUGGGGGAGAGCGUGCUGCUCAACCUGCUGCCAGACGGGCCCCACGUUCGCCCGGUCACCCUGCGCGCCAUCUCCCCCUGCAUGCUCUGGGCGCUCACCAUCCGCGACCUGGAACACAUCUUCAACAUCCUGCCGGAGUUGCGCCACAAGCUGAUCGACAUGUUUGAGCGGCGCAUGCAGCUCAACCUGAGGCAUGCCGCCAAAGACGAGCGCGAGCACUGGGAGAGCCUGCUUCAGCGCGCGUCGCAGCUGGCGCAGCAGAUGCAGCCGCCCGAGGGCAGCGCUUCUGAGCACGACAAAUCCGACGAGCGCGGCGGCCGCGGCGGCGGCGGCCGCGGCGGCGGUGGUGGCGGCAAGCCCGACACCGACAAUGACUCGCCUUUCGAGAACGACGUGGAGCCAAUCUGGGACGACGCCGCGAGCACGAGCGGGCAACGCAUGACGGUCGGCCGCGCGCUGCAAGACGUGCCGGAGUAUUUGAAACCGCUCGCGCAGUGCGAGCGGCGGCUGCGCCUCAAGGACGUCUGUUACAUCAACCACCCUGACCGUGCGAGGGUGAUGACCCCCACUUCUUACGCCGACGCCCGGGACUUCGCCGCCGGAACUGCCACAUCGGCGGCCACGUCAGCGGCCCAGUCAGUGCCCGGGACUAACGGGGACGCGCGCGGCGCGGCGUCGGCGUCGGCGCCCGGCGGGAAUGGAGGUCCUGGAGAGGGCGUUGGGCGGUUGCGGCGCAGCAGCAAGAGUAGCAGCAGGCGGGAACGCAGGGGAGACAGGUCACCGAAGGACAGGGAUAGGAGCAAUAGCAGGGGGCAGCUGCAGCCGCAGGACUGGGCGGAGCUCUUGACCACCAGGCAGCAGGCUGCUGCCGGCGGCAGUACUGCAAGCCCGCGCUCUGGGCAGCCUCGGCCCGUACCCAACGGGCACUACGGAAACUGGGCUGAGGCGCCAUCGCAGCGCGACCAGCAGGGCGAUGUUGAGCUCAGCCGCCGGCCCGGGGCAUCCAGGGCAGAUAGCCGCGGGUCAGACAUCCGCAGCACGUCUAGUCGCAGCAGAAACAAACACGGCGGAGAUGAUCGCAGUGAGAGCAUGCGCAGGGAGAGCGGUGGGCAGCAGGGCUCGAUGCACAGAGUGCACAGGAUGUUCAGCCGCUCUGGGCCGGGGACGCCGCAGGGCCGCGGCCGGGCGGAUUCACUUGGUACCCCGCUGACUCAGCGCACGUCGGAGGGCCGGGAGGACCGCUCCGGCAGGGUUGGCGACCAGCAGGUGGUGGACAGCGAGAGGGAGGACCCGGCAGGGGAUGUUGAGACGGUGGGGGAGGGGCACACCGAAGAGCUGACAGGCGGGGGGUCACACCAGCCCCACAGCCUGGAGGACGCCCUGAGCUCCAUCCCUGAGGACCUCAGGCGCACCGUGCACUCCUGA